CAUGAUUUGGCUUUUGAAUUCAUCCAAGAAACUUUUGCCGAAUCUUGCAGUGAGGUACACCUGGUGUAGGUGCUCUCAUCUGAUCAUCUCCACUUUAGUGUGAGAUCCGUAUAUUUGGAUCUGUACUAUAUUGUUCUGUUCUGUUGCAGAUCAAUAAUUUACCAGAUUCGGCUACUUUGUUGGGCUCAUACAGAGAGAGUCUGUCUCAGCUAUUUGGGUGUUUCUUUACAGAUCUUUUUACUAUCAUGUCAGUGCAGGUUGCUGCAGAGAGGAAUGGGAAUUGGAAUGCCCAAUCCAUACUUUCCAAUAUUGUUGCAGAGGGCAGCAAAAACUGUCAUGCAGUGAUGCCCAAUAUCAAUCCUGACAUUAAUAACAAUGGUUAUUUGAAGGUCCCCAUGGUUCCAGAGGGCAAUGGGAGCUACCAUCCAUCUCUUAGAAGGUUAGAGGGGAAAGUGGCCAUAAUCACAGGAGGAGCAAGAGGAAUUGGGGAAGCAACUGUUAGACUAUUUGCAAAACAUGGUGCAAAUGUUGUAGUAGCAGACAUUGAAGAUGAUGCAGGGAAGAUGGUGGCUGAGUCUCUGUCUCCUGCAGUGACAUACAUGCAUUGUGAUGUAAGCAAUGAAAAAGAUGUUGCCCAUGUUGUAAACAUGACAGUCUCGAAAUAUGGGAGGUUAGAUAUCAUGUUUAACAAUGCAGGAAUCCUUGGAGAGCAGACGAAAAGGAAGAGUAUAAUGGAUUUUGAUGCAGAGGAGUUUGACAAUGUGAUGGGUGUGAAUGUGAAGGGAGUUUGUCUUGGCAUGAAACAUGCUGCUAGAAUAAUGGUUCCUAGAAGAAGUGGAUGCAUUAUUUCUACAGCAAGUGUUGCAGGUGUCCAAGGGGGGCUUGGGCCUCAUACUUACACAGCAUCCAAGCAUGCCAUUGUUGGUCUCACCAAAAAUGCUGCCUGUGAGUUGGGAAAGUAUGGGAUUAGAGUCAAUUCCAUAUCUCCUUUUGGGGUAGCAACUUCUAUGUUGAUAAAUGCAUGGAGAAAAUAUGAUGGAGACAUGUAUGAUGAUGUCAAUGACCAAGAGCAGGGAAUUGAAGAGUUUGUAAGGAGUCUUGCAAAUUUGAAGGGCCAUACUCUGAGAGCCACAGACAUAGCUGAGGCAGCUCUGUAUCUAGUUAGUGAUGAAGCCAAGUAUGUCAGUGGCCACAAUUUGGUGGUUGAUGGAGGUAUUACCAGCAUAAAUAACUGUGUUGGCUUGUAAAAUAAUUUUUUAUAGAAUUUUAGGUGGUAUUCUGAUCUAAUGUAACUAUUGUUAUUCUAACCAAUGUCCAGAUUUAUACAUUGGAUUAUUUUGAAAUAUAAUUCAUUUCAACAGUCAAAGAUUAAUAGAAAAGAAGGGA